GAAUGUCACAAGAUGGUUCCUCUCGUUGGUAGUGGCAAGUUUGUAGCAAUGGCUAUCGUUGCUGAAGAUAGUCAGCCAUUAGAAGAAUCUUCAGCAGAGAAUCAAGAAUCGCUUGUGAAAACUGCUGUUACAGACAAGCGUGUGCUCCAAUGGAUGCUAGUACUGAGUAUAGGUACAGAGAGAAAACUUCAGGACAACGGCGACAUCAAUGGGGGUACAGACUCAGCUUGUAUGCUCUCACAGGUUAUUAAAACCGUUGAUCCUAGACUCCACCAACGUCUAGGUAUUCAUUCCUUACUUUUGUCUUCUUUUGAGUUUGUUUUGUAUGCAUUAAGUUGGGAGAUGCUCUUCUUUACAUAACAGAGGAUCUAGACGGUGGAGAAUUUCUGUUUUGCUAUAAGGAUGCUGAUGGUUUUGUUCAGGAGAGAGUUCUCCUUCCUUGAUGCCUUUUACCUUUGGGAGGUAAGGUAACAAGACACAGCUCAUGUUCUGUUAGGGUUUCUUUUUGAACUGAUGAUGAUAAUAAGAAUGUGGGCUAUGGAGUACAAUCCAAACAAGUUUGCAUCAUAUGAAAAAACAGAGAACGGAACCAAACAGGAUCCGAGGUUACUGAAGCAGUAUGGUAAGUUUGAGAGAAAGUAUAUAAAGAGUGGUCAAAACGAGCAACACGACAGCACGCUUGCUGUUUUCGUUGUGGCGAAUGUUCUUGAAACAAAGAACAAACGUCUCUUGAAAGAAGCUAGAGGCUUAGACGACGUUAUUCAGAUAUUGGGUGGUAUUGCGGGUAAUUUGGACGCUAGAAAAGCGUGUAAAGAAGCGUUGAAGAUUCAUGAAAAGUUCCUGAGAAAGGCUAAUAAGCAAUAGACAUAGUCACAUAGAUAGCUAGCUUUAACCAUCUACCAGAUUUUCCCGGUUUUGUUAAAAACCGAUUUUGAUAUGAUCUUGGCCUGGAUUGGUUACCGUUGGACGCUCUUAAAUGUCGUAAAGAUUGCGGGAGGGUUCCAUGAGAACGUCUCUAGUUCGUUUGUUUUAUUAUGUUAUAUGAUCAAUACCUACGUGUGCCGUUUCUUGUUUAAAAGAAGGAACUUGGUGUCGUUUUGUUUUUUUCAUAUUCUGUGGAAAAUGAUGCAAGUGUAAUCAACUAACUAACUAAUCAUUCUGAAA